AGUAGCUUGCGGAGAGUCUGGCACGGGCUAGCUACAGUAGUAAAUAGCACGCGGGAGUCGAUACAUGCCCUUCGUUGUGACUUGUUGUGCCUUCAAGACACACAGAGCGAACGGACGCGGUCGAGCCUCUGUCUCACCACACAGCCGCCUGCUAAACACAACAGUACCAGAAUAACUGCAGCACUGAUGAAUAUGGCAGUC